UCAAGGAUCUGUCAAUUUACUUGAUAAACGCUUUUUAAUUUUUAUUGUGUAGAAAAAUUGUAUUACGCACAUUAAAAUGUAUUAAACUGAAAAAAUAAUGAAUAAAUUAUAGUGUUAAUACCUGUUUAUUUCAAGGGACAGUGCUAAUUUGCAGUGUUGGUCUUGGAUUUAUCGAGAACAACAUAUAAAACCAUGGAGGACGCUACGGUACCUUUGCAUCUCGAGCCGUUUCAGCACGGCGAAGUGUCCGACAAGAGGAUUUGGAUCGGGAAUCUCGACACCAGAGUUAAUGAGUAUCAACUACUGAAACUGGUUCGUGCGUACGGGAACAUUGAGAAGUUUGACAUGCUGUUUCAUCGGAGUGGUCCCAAUGCGGGACAGCCACGGGGGUUUGCAUUUGUUACGUUCAAGCUGAGGCAGGAUGCAAUCAAAGCCAUGAACUCACUCAACGGCCAGAUGCUUGGCACAAAGAGGAUAAGCGUCAAGUUUGCUAAGAAUACUGAUGAACAAGAGAAACCAAAACCGGAACUUGGCAUAGCAGUUCUAGCAGGUGCUAAACCAGAGCUCAAGUUAAGCAAAAAGACCGCUAUCCAGUCAAUCGAAGCUAAACUUAAGAUGAUGGAGAACAUGAAAGCAGGUGAUGACUUCGUAGUCAACAAGUUAGCGGCAAAUGAGGCUCCAGUCAUCGCACAAUAUCAGACUAAACAGUAUCAACCUCAGAAAUCUAUUUCCUCCUUUAGAAGAAGACAUCCAUACCAUAAAAAGAGAUAGAUUGAUCUUUUUUAAAAUGCCUUAAUUUUAUGGAGAGUGAUGCUACCAUGAAGGUUAGGUUGUAAUCUCAAUCCCAUGAAUUUAAUUUCUUUAUAGAAUGAUCUCCAUUGUUAUAGUAUGUGUUUUUUAGGUUGUUAACACAUGAAUAACAUUUACAUUACAUGUUCUAUUGUACUUAAUUAUUUUUGUGGGAAAGUUAUAAAAUGUUGUUAGGAUUAUAUGUGAUAUCAUUGAACAAAUUAUAUUUUUUUUAUAAUGACAAAUAAUUAUUUGUCAUUUACAUUCAUAUUGACCACUUGUCUGUCGGUAUAUGAGACAUAAUAGAAAACACAUUGUCUUGCGUAGAUCUGCGUUCUGAGAUACAAUGGAUUAACCCAUGGUAUGCCAGAACAUAGGUCUCAGUGAGACACAAUGUAUUUUCUAUUAUGGUUCAUAUAGGCAUUCCAGAGGGUUAAAUGCUGAUUUAAUAGUGGUACUUUGUUAAUAAUUUUGUUGAAUGUUACCUAUCUGAACUUUAUCAUGUUUAUUUAAAAAUAUCUUUCUUUUUUGUAACUGUUGGUAGGUGUCAUGGUAGCAUCGAAUAGUAUUUGUAAAGUGCUGUUUUACGCAAAUAAUGUUAGUUUUUUAUAGUAGUAACAUUUGUGAUUUAUGUAUAAGUGCUAAGUGAAUGAUUGACUCUGAUUUUGAAGAUGUCAAUAUUAAUCUAUAUUUUUGUCAGUCUGUUUAUUGACGUUAGAUCUUAGCUUUAUUAAUGUUGGUAUAUUAUUACAGAGGUAGGCAAUGUUAUUUAUUGUUCAUGAAUUAAUAACUUUACUAAUACAUACUUCUCUUUAUGUUUAAGGCCUGUUUCACAAAGAUCAAGUCCAUUAAUGACGUGAACUUCAUUAAUUGGGAGGAGUAGGGCCCCCUUUACCAAAAAUCACGAAACUUGACAUGGGGGAUUAAUACAAUAUUAAAAGCGUAAAAAGAACGCUAUAAACCUCAUUUGAUAAAUGGACCUCAUGAUUUUUUUCCAUACAAAAUACCUUUUACAAAAAAAUAAACCGACUUCACUAAAAAAGUUAAAAAUAACUUUAAUUUCGGAAGUCGGUGUUUCUCGGUAUUAUUUGUUUGUUACACCGACUUCCGAAAUUAAAGUUAUUUUUAACUUUUUUAGUGAAGUCGGUUUAUUUUUUUGUAAAAGGUAUUUUAUUUCACACUUUUUAGUUGCGAUACUCAGUAUCGCAACUAAAAAAGUCGGUUAAAAUUCUCUAUCUCAAUAACUACUUAUUUAUUUGUAUUGUCACAGUCACUUAAUUAACUUUAUUGUGAUUUCUAUGUGAGUAUGAAGUUCCAUUGGCCAUUUCUGGUCUUCUUCAUCAGUUCCAAUUCUUCAAAGGUUACUUUUUGACUGUAAAUGCUUCAAUUCUAGAUGAAUAUACCAAAAUCACUAUAUAGUUCCCUAUAAUAUUUGAGGAGUUCCCUCGAUUUCUCUAAGAUCCCAUCAUCAGAUCCUAACUUGGUGACAAUGGGACCACCUCAGAACUAUCUACUUUCGAACAAAAAAAGAAUUUUGAAAAUCCGUCGACAAUUGACGGAGUAUUCGAUGAACAAACAUACAAAAAAAAAAAAAAAACAUACAAACAGCCGAACAUAGUACCUCCUCCUUUUUGUGAAGUCGGUAAAAAUAUCUAACAGCACAAUAAUCUGUUAUUGUGACAGACACAGGCUUUUCCUAAGAAAAGGAAAUUAAUUAAUAUUAAUUGUUCCAAGCAAAUCUGCUUUGCGAGAGAAAUUCAUUUCCUUUAUGUUUUCCAAAGUUAUAGAGACAUGUGCAAUGUGUAUCCAGAACAUACCUAGUUGUCUACUUAAUAAUUUUAAAAAGCAAUUAUAAUGUGCUCUUAUAUGUAUCGUAACAUUGUUGCCAGUCUAUGUAAUAAUACUUAUCGAAAUUGUAAUUUGUGAUUUGAAAUUAGCUUUUGAAAAUGUUGUAUACAUUAGUGUAAGCCUUGUACCAUCAGUGUGUUCAUUUCUGUGUUAAAGAUCUAUUAAAGUAAUCAACGAAUCGCUUAAGUACACUGUCUAAUGUAUUGUAAAUUAUUACUAAUUAAUACUCAUACUUCAAAAUAUUUACAAUUGUAUUUGUGAUUUGUGUGCAGUUGUGAAUAAAUUUAGUUUUCAACACA